AUGGUCGACUGGAUGUCCCCCGAGACGAUCGUCAGCAAUGCUGACUCGUUCGCCAAAUUCAUGCAUGCGCUGUUAGGGCUCUACAUUUGGGAAUGGUUCACAUCGCUCCGCUUUGACUGGCAGUUCGUCGUCGGGAAGAAGCCGUUCCGGUGGCCCUUGAUCUUCUACUUCUUGAACCGUUACUGCCUUCUAUUCGCAUUGAUUGGAAUAGCCAUCGCCUUGAACGUGAAAACCGAGAUCAACUGCCAGGGGCUGUACACCUUCAAUCAGUGCUUUGGAAACGCAUCUAUUGGACUCGCCAGUAUCAACCUUUCCCUCAGGACAAUUGCGGUGUGGUCUCAAGCUUGGUACAUCUGGGUUCCCCUAGUUGCUAUCAUCUUGGGACACUGGUCACUUCUCCUCCACGGUAUUCUUCUCAAAGCCGCAUGGAUCGAAGGACAGGGCUGUGUGAUCACAGACACCAACAGCAAACUGUUGGCCGCGACAUUCAUCUACACGAUGAGCUUUGACUUCCUCGUCCUUGCAUUGACGGCCUUCAAGUUGUUCACCCCCUCGAAUGGCCGGUCACGGCUGGUGGAACUCAUCUUCAAUGACGGUCUUAUUUAUUUCCUCAUUGCCUUCCUUGCCAACCUUCUGGCGACUAUCUUCAUGCUUCUGAACCUCAACCCUGUCAUGUCUAUCAUUGCCAAUGUCCCUGCUGCAAUCGCUUGCACGAUCGUCGCAUGCCGCGUAGUCCGUCGGUUAAGUCAGUUUACUUCGACUGGUGCAGAGCGAUUCGCUGCCAGCACUCAACAUUCGACACUGGCUUUCCGUUCUCAAGCAAACUCUCAAAAUCGUCCUGGGCCGAAGCUAUCUAAUAAGGUUGUGAUGAACGACGGUGUCGACGUCCAUGUCCAGAUGGAAACCUUUGAGAGCCCACCCGACAAGUACGUCGAAUACGAUGCCGCGGGUAAUAUUCGGCGUGGGGAUAGCUACGACCCCGAGACCCAGGAAAUCAGCAAGGAGUUCAAGAGACCACCUUAUUAG